AUGCAACUUCCUUAUCCCCCCUCCCCUCGCCACUACCCCCAGGACAUUGUCACAGUGCGCUUCCCCUUAGUAGGGGUGACAAUGGUGGGGGUAACAAUUGCAGUCAACGCAUGGGGCAGUGAGGCGUAUGGGGCAGUGGGGCGUAUGGGGCAGUGGGGCGCAUGGUGGAGGGGGGCGCAUGGGGGUAGUGGGCGCAUGGGGCAGUGGGCGCAUGGGGGAGGGGGCCGCAUUGGGAAGGGGGGGCGCAUAGGUAUAUGGGGCGCAUGGAAGAGGGGAGCGUAUGGGGCAGUGGAGCAGUAG